AUAUAUAGUCUUGUCUACGAAUGCAAUUAGGCGGGAAAAAAUUGAAAGGAUAAGGAGUAAAGCUUUUUUUAAUUAAUAGUAUAAAAAUGGUUGGUCAAUAUGACGAAAAUGUGUUAUCUGAUAUGUUGCCUGUGUAUUAUACGAGACUAUUUCCACAAAACCUGUUUUGUAGGUGGCUUUCAUGUGGAAAUAAUCCUCAGCCAUUAUCAAAUAGAGAAUUGUCCUUUACUCUAGCUGAUGAUGUGUAUUUACGGUAUUUAUCUAUAAAUAACCAGAAAGAAUUUUUCACUUUGUUGCAAAAGAAAUGUCCUCACAAACUCGAUAUCGGCGCUGUUUAUAAUACAAAACCCUCUGUUGGACGUCACGAUGCAGUUGUACUGGCUAGGGAGUUGGUGUUUGAUAUAGAUCUUACAGAUUAUGAUGAAGUUAGAACAUGUUGCCAAGAAGCUAAAGUUUGUGAUAAGUGUUGGAAGUUUAUGGUUGUAGCAUGUGAAAUUAUUAAUGCUGCUUUGAAAGAUGAUUUUGGUUUUCAAUCAAUUCUAUGGGUGUUUUCUGGAAGACGUGGUAUACAUUGCUGGGUUUCAGACUAUGAAGCAAGGACAUUAGAUAGUCCAGGACGAGCUGCUGUCGCAGAUUACCUUUGCCUCAUUAUGGGUGGUGAAAAUCAAAGUAAAAAAGUACAUUUGGGUAAUGACAACCUACAUUCUAGUAUAAGGAGGGCUUUAGACGUAAUAGAUAAAUACUUUGAAGAGAUCCUUCAAGAUCAAGAAUUCCUUUCAACAUCAGAUAGAUUGAAAAGUUUUUUGAAGAUUAUACCUGAUGAAGUUUUAAGGAAGCAGGUACAAGAAAGUUUGGAAAGGCUUCCAACAUCAUCAGUUGGUAGAUGGGAAUCUUUUACAAAUAUUUACAACAAAUAUUCUAAAGAAAACACACAUGCUAUUAGAAAAAUGAAGUAUUUAAUAGAAGAAAUAAAAAUACAAUAUUGCUAUCCGCGACUUGACGUGAAUGUGACAAAAGGUUUCAAUCAUUUGUUAAAAUCUCCAUUCAGUAUUCAUCCAAAAACAGGAAAAGUAUCUAUUGUAUUUAAACCAGAUAAUGCUACAGACCUAAAAUUGGAGGAAGUUCCUACAAUUUACACACUUCUUGAUGACAGUUCAUCGGAUAACUUGCAGCAUCAAGCUAAUAUGAGAGCUGCUGUUAAAAAUUUUCAAGAACUAGUUUUCUCUUUAGAGAAAGCAGAAGCAGUGAGACGAAAAAUGGAAGCAAAUACAUCCCUGGAAUUUUAAAAAUACGUAAAAAUGUGGUAAAUGAAACUAAAUUGUGAGAAGUAUUUUAGUAUUAAAAAUAUAUUGUAAA